CUUGAAGAAAAAAAAGAAGUUAAAGCCAACGUCUUCUCCUUCACCUUCACCCUUUAAGAAUAAGACCCCAGCCUUUUGCCUCUUGCCCUUUGCAGUGGCCUCUUCUUCUCUUGCUGGGCCCUUCUGAACUUGAUUUGUCUUCACCUUGCCUUACCUUAGGUACUCAUUCUCAUCACCCCCAAACUCGAAAUCUGUGCUUCACUUGUACAAUUUGCACGGGCUCAACCCCAGGUUGACUAUCAUCUUUCAGCAGACGACUAUCAAGCUCAAUUGAUCAGCUGGACCUCCUGCGUUAACUCUUUCACCAACCAAAUCUCAGACAAGACUCAUAAACCGCCGUCAUGGCUGACAACUUCCAACUGCUGCGCUCGACGCCCGAUUCGAGCCUCUUCAGCUUCCCUCCUGCAAAUGCGCCAGCCCCCAUUGCGCCCGUUGAGGUUCCAACAUCAAUUCUACGGCCAUUCAAUAUCCCCGAGCAUAUCUUUACUGGUGCUCUCGAUGCCAAGGUCCCCCUGACCAUUGCUAUUCUAUACGCCGUGACUGUCAAGAGCCUCAACAUCUACAACAAGUCCAACGGCAAGAAGCCAUGGGCUAUCAGCAAGACCCGUCCUUUCUUUGCCUUCGUGGUUCUUCACAAUGUCUUCCUCUGUGUCUACUCUGCUUGGACAUUCUGGGGCAUGCUUGGUGGUAUGAAGAGGAGCAUUGUCAACCCCACUGGUCCCCAGGGUCUUGCUGGUACGGCUGAUAGUUUCUGUCGUCUUCAUGGGUCCUCUGGUCUCGGAAACUCCGUCUACUAUAACGAAACCACGAGCUCAUUUGUGUCUUCUGCCGAGAACGCUGCUAUCGUUGAUGGUUUGCCCAGUGGAACUGUUGGGGGUCGUCUAUGGAACGAGGGACUGGCCUACUAUGGCUGGAUCUUCUAUCUCAGCAAGUUCUAUGAGGUCCUCGAUACAUUCAUCAUUCUAGCCAAGGGCAAGCUUAGCUCUACUCUCCAGACAUACCACCACGCCGGAGCCAUGCUUUGCAUGUGGGCUGGUAUGCGUUACAUGUCUGCACCCAUUUGGCAGUUUGUCCUUAUCAACUCCUUCAUCCACUCCCUGAUGUAUUUCUACUACACCCUGACUGCCUUUAACAUCCGAGUCCCUACUCCCGUCAAGCGAACACUUACCUCGAUGCAAAUCACACAAUUCCUUGUCGGCGCAAGUAACACUGUGGCUCAUUCUUUCAUCUCUUACAAGGUUCCGGUCACCAUAAUUCAGAAACUCUCCGCUCCAGUCGGCGCUACUACAGCUGCUCCUGACGCCAGCCAAGAGACCGUUGUUGACGGCGCUGUCGAGUCCCUCAAGAAGUUCAUUUGGGGUGCUGGUGAGGGUGCCGACCCUAUUGCCUCACAGGCCGUCAGCGCCGAGGCCUUCGCUGCGGAGACUCAAUACAUUACUCAGCCAUGUAUCAUGACCACUGGCGAGACCUUUGCUAUAUGGCUCAAUGUGUUGUACCUCGCUCCUUUGACUUACCUUUUCGUCAGCUUCUUCAUUGCCAGCUAUGUCAAGCGAAGCAACGCUGCCAGCAAGACCUCUCACAAGGGAGCCCACGAUGUCAACGCAAACAUUGCUCUUGCCGAGAAGGCCGGCUGGGAUGCUGCCAAGGGCAUCGAGAAGGAAAUUUACGAUGGUGCCAACAUGGCUAAUGGCUCCUCGGACGAGGCCUCGCGCGCUUCUACACCCAAGAAGGCCAAUGGCAAGUCACGACGAAAGGCUUGAAGAGGAAGAAUUGGAAAUAAAAAGAAACAAUAAAAAGAAUAACGGAAACAGAACUGUGGUCUUGUCUCUCAUUUGGGUGGUAACGGACCAUUUCUUUCUCUGAUCCUAGCAAAAUUUAGAAAGCGUUUUGUGUCUUAAGUCCAAUCUGAUAUAACCCGUGGGAUGGUAUGAAGAGCGAGUUGAUAUCAGCCUGAGUUGCAACAAGAAGAAGUUUCAAAUUGGAAUUUUGUUACGCAUUGCUUUGAGCGAAUGUUCGUG